ACCAAGGUUACACAGAUGGUGCCCUUUCUUCAUGCUGUGCUCGUUGUAAUUAAGUUGCUGCAGGUUCAUCUUGUUUCUUGUGUUAGAGAGGUGCGGCUUCUUCGAAGACAGACAAAAACAUCCCUGGAAGUUUCUCUGCUGGAAAAAUAUCCCUGUUCCAAGUUUAUAAUUGCCAUAGGAAAUAAUGCAGUAGGAGUCUGGGAGGAAGUUGGAUGUGCUAAACUCUGGAACGAGUGGUGUAGAACAUCGGACUCUGUGCACGGGCUGUCCCCCACCGAGGCUUACUGUGUGUUUUACCGUCUCAAAUCAAACCCUGCGGUUUUCCUCUGUCAGUGCAGUUGUUACGUCGCUGAAGAUCAGCAGUAUCAGUGGCUGGAAAAGGUUUUUGGCUCUUGCCCAAAGAAGAACGUGCAGGUAACCGUGCUCACGUGUCGACACACCACCGACUAUAAAAGCUCCGAACCCGCUGGCAGCCUGCCUUCUCCUUUCCUGAAAGCCCUGAAAACACAGAACUUCAAAGACCCGGUGUGUUGCUCCCUGCUGGAACAGCCGAAUUUCGUGCACGACCUUCCCGCCGCAGUGCUGAGCUACUGUCAGGUGUGGCAGCUCCCCGCGAUCCUCUACCUGUGCUACACGGAUGUGAUGAAGCUGGACCUCCUGACGGUGGAAGCCUUCAAGCCCGUGCUCUCUUCCCGGAGCCUGAAAGGGCUGGCCAAGAACAUUCCCCAGAGCACAGAGACUCUGAAGAAGCUGACGGCGGCAAACGAGGUUCAGAGUAACAUUUAUACGUGAGCCUGGGUGUCUCGUGUCUGCCAGCACCCAUCCCACGAAGGGGCGCAGUGAGCACUGCUUUGGGGUUUCUCAGGGGCUGUACUGUGGUGUGAUAAGACAGAAUAAACUUGAAACAGUGAAUUCAUCUCGUUCC